AUGGACCGCGAUCCGCCCGACGGUCCCCCUAUUGCUGUCCCGUCACGAACGCACUCGCAGCGCCACGCUCACAACCGCUCAAACAGCUCACGAACCAAAAACGGCCCUUCCUCUGCGCGACCCAACCCCGGCGCCAGUCCAGAAAUCAUCUCCGACCUCAUCUCCAGCCUGACCACCUCCCACUUUGAUUCGCUGCCCCUUGCGGACCCGGCCAGUCCCUCUCGCCUCGAGACUCGAACCACUGGCUUCUCCGACGCCAUUGAUCCCCUCGACGACGGCGCCACCUCUCCCGUCGUUCGUACCUCGAAACUCCCCUCUGGCUAUACCUCCGCAAGCACACCCAAGAGUCCCCGAGCAUCCUCCACCGACGGCUUUCGACCAUAUCUUCGUGGGAGCAGUCUCUCCCGCGCCUCCUCCUCUGCUUCCCUCGGCUCACGAAACGACGAUGCCAGAAGCAUUGGCAACCUUUCCAUAGAGCCUGGUCCCGCGCCCGAUCCCGAGCUGCGUCCGCGCCGCUCCCACGACAGCUGGGGCAAGAAAACGGGCCGCCGCCAAAAGGACGUGCUGUACAUGAGCUCCAAGGAGCGGCUUCGUGAAAAGGACCUGGACCGCAAGUGGCCUGGUGCGGUCAUGCCCUCGGCCAGCGGUGCCAGCAGCAUCCACAGCGGCGGGCGUGCCGAUCCCUUUCUCGCAGAGAUGGCCAUUCGCGAGGAACCCGUAUUCAAUCCCGUUCGAUACUCGAGCGACUCUUACAACGGCUUCCAGGCUAUACCCACCCGCGAAUCCAGCUUGCGAAGGUCGGGACAGAAGAAGCGUUCCAGCGCCCGUCGAUCGAGACAAAACAGCGAAUCCGAGCCCAUACCCGAAGCUGCAGAACACAGUCGCAACGGCGCACUAUCACGGACGAGCCACAAGCGCGGCGAAUCUGACGCUGGACGGUCGUUCUUGUUUGACGUAGAUGAGUAUGCUGCCGUGACACAGGCGCUCGAUGACCAGUACGAGCGGGAGAAUGGACGCCCGGAGCCGUCGCCGGACUAUCGACAAAAAUCCUUCUUGGACGACAUUGACCACGAGGGAGCCCCAGCGCCCGCCAUUUCCAACGGCCGCCGAGCUUACGAGCGGGAGCACAACGGCAACGGCCGCCUAAGCCCCUUUCCAUCCGCUGACUUGCGCGCAAAAGGGAGCGGCUCCAAACUGAAGCGUCUUUCUGCCGCUGCCCCGAUGAGCCCAGCCCGCACGAGCGAGCAGUCCGACCGAACGGCCCAUCCUAUCGCAUACGAACGUCCUGCCUCGGCGGAUUCCAUCGACGACAAUGUCGAGUCAUAUCUGUGCUCGCCUAGACUAUCCCAGAAAAUCAAGCAUCCGCAGACGGGACGAAUGAUUUCGUUUUCCGAAGUUGGUGACCCUGAAGGCUCGGCCGUCUUUUGCUGCGUUGGCAUGGGAUUGACUCGAUACAUUACGACAUUUUACGACGAACUUGCCUUGACUUUGAAGCUGCGUCUCAUUACCCCGGACCGUCCAGGCGUCGGUGACAGCGAACCGUACGCCGACGGCACCACCACACCACUAAGCUGGCCAGACGACGUUUAUGCCAUCUGCCAAGUUCUCAAGAUUACCAAAUUUUCCAUUCUCGCCCACUCGGCCGGCGCAAUCUACGCCCUCGCCACCGCCCUACGCAUGCCACAACACAUUCGAGGCAAGAUUCACCUCCUCGCACCCUGGAUCCCGCCUUCGCAGAUGAACGUCUUUGGCGCGUCGCAGGCACCUCCCACGCACUCAAUCCCCACAUCACAGCGCAUCCUCCGUGCGCUGCCCACACCCAUCCUCAAGGCCGCCAACAGCAGCUUCAUGAGCGCCACCAGUUCCUCCAUCACCAGCUCCCUGCCCAAGACGCCCCGUCGGAGCAAGCGCAAAAGCGGCGGCAAAGAGGGCCGCAGCGUGACGCCCUCCGCAGGUGACCACAUCGAUAUGGCGACCCUGAACGGAGACCACAAUGGCGCGCGCCCUGUCCCGACGCCCGACGCCACGGAGAACAUGGACCGUAUGCACCCCCCGCAGAGCAGCAUGUAUGCCGGCGCGGGCCUAGAAGAGGCGGCGGGCAAAGAGCGCCAGGUUACGUACGACACGCGGCUCACGCACGCUAUCUGGGACCUGGCAACGACGGGUGCCAAUCCCGCUGUGGAUUUACUGGUAUGUCUGGAGCGUCGCCAUACCAUUGGGUUUCGCUACGUGGACAUUACACGGCCGGUUGUGAUUCAUCACGGCAGCAAGGAUAAUCGCGUGCCGGUGGACAAUGUCAAGUGGCUGGGCAAGAGCAUGCGCAGAUGUGAGGUACGCGUGCUGGAGGGAGAAGGGCAUGGGUUGAUGGCGAGCGCGACGGUCAUGGGCUCAGUGCUCAUGGAGAUGAGCAAGGAGUGGGAGGACUGGAUGCGCGUGACGGGGGAUGACUCUCGGCAACGGGAGCGUGGACGACGGACGACGCAGCGAUGA